AUGCUUGGUGUCUUCAAAGAUGAGACCAGGAUGGAGUGGCAGAUUGUUUAUCCACUCUACGACUGUGACCUGUUCAACUACUUGCAUCGCAGGAUCACUAAUGGCAACAUCAUCACAUGGAAAGACACACUGUCCAUCGCCAUCGACGUGGUAUCAUGCGUGGAACUACUGCACAAUAACAACAUCAUUCACCGCGACCUUAAGUUGGAGAAUAUCUUCAUUAACUACAACAAGGAUACCGAGGAGAUAACUCACAUCGCACUUGGCGACUAUGGCACCAUCACCUUUUCCAAUGUCGCAAUGACCUGUAUUGGAACAGAACGUUACAUGUCCCCUGAGGUCAAGAACGUUUGCGACGAUCCCCGUGCCGUCUACACCGAAUCGGUCGAUAUCUAUUCUCUCAGUGGCAUACUCUACGAGUUGAUUCCAAAGUCAACGCUACAGAGAGCCAAUAUUGCCGACUUCAGGACCGAUCUACACUUCAAUGAUGCGCCCGAGAAGUAUCGCCAACUGAUCAUGGAUUGCGCGAACAAGGCCAAACCAGACUUACGGCCCAAGAUCAGUGAUGUUAAGGCAAUACUAUCAUCCAUUAAAAUAUAG